AUUCGUGGGGCAGCGCCGAGCCGUUGCCUGGUCUUGCCGGCGACAACAUCCACUCCCAGCUUUGCGAUUGUCGACACGAUCCAUCCCAUCACGAUCAUCCACCACGCAUUACCAUCAUCUCAACAAAUGAAGAAGACCAAAAAAAUCGUUCACCGCGUCCAAGCGAGGGCUUCGGCCACCCAAAAGCGCAUUCGCGGGAGGCUCUCGGCCACAGGCGAGUGUAUCCGAGGAAAGUUUUCGGCCAUGUGCAAGUUCAACAAAGCGACAACCUCGGUGGUUCCGGACGAGUCUGAUCAAGCCAUUGAGCUCAUCCCGACAUCUCAGGAGAUGCCUAAUACAUACAUGUAUUCCGAUACCCCGCUUUGCUAUGUCGCCCCUUUCGCCGAUCUUAACUCCAAGGAAAGAAACUCGUCGUUAGGCGAGUGGAAAUCGUUUGAACAAAGGUUCCACGAGGACAUGGGAAGGCACCUCCCAGAGGAGAUUGUGAACCGACGCAGCCCAUUCCCAUUUGAUUGGCUCCCGCUGGAUAUUCGCGCCAAGAUAUGGAAGUAUGUCUUGGGCAACACCAAGGAGGCCAUAUUUCUUAGAAAGGAUGGUAUCGCACCGAAAAUCCCAACUUCCAUGCGAUUUGUGUCGCUCGACUUGAUGUCGGAAGCUUGGUUUGCAUGGAUCAAUUCAAUGAGCAACCGGACUCUGGUGGUGGUGGACUUCCCACGGCACGCCUACCUUGGCCUACCCUGCCCAAUUCUUCGAGAUCUGUCGACGGUCCGCCUCCGAGCACUCAAAUUCGCACUGGGCGACAAGGAUGCCGAGAAGGCCACGAGGAGAAACCGGCAAUUUGUGAGAUUUAUCUCAAAGCACAGAGAUGAUGGCUUCCUCGCCAUUCGCACGUUGAUUAUUGAAUUGCGAAAGAACUGGACAAGCGGUGGCUUCACCGAGGUCGACCUCGCCGGCCUUCUGAGCUGCGGGGCCUUCGCUCACAUUGAGCGAAUUCGCAUUCACGGAUGGAUCAGAAGUGAGAGUUUGGACCGGCUCCUGAAGCGAGCCCAGCGGACGGCCUAG